AUGCACUUAGUGGACGGAGUGAGGCAUCUUUUGAGGCGCUGCAGGGAACAGGAUGUGUUGACGCAGCCACGACGUGCAUGGAGUGUCACGAUGGCACAGUCAGCAGUGGCUGGUGGAAUAUUUACUUCUCGGAGGCAACAGAGAGAGAGAGAGCUGCUCCUGCUGCUUGCGUCGUUGCUGUCUUUUGUGGCCUCCCAUGCCGAUUAUUGUCUGUCCGCUGAUCAUGGGUGGCAUGCCUCCACUAGUGACGUCGUCUGCAGGCAUUUCACAGCACCAGUGAAACACACAUCACGUCGCAUGCUUUGGCUGUGGAUAUGGUGUCGUGCAUGCAGCCGGCAUUAUUUUGCCCGACUCCUUUUCACUGCCUUGCGACAAAUGGAUGCGUCGCCGCCCGAGUCGUUCACUGCAGCUCCGUGUGCUGUACUGCCAGCACAAUACUCUCUUGUUGUCUGA